UAUAUGUAGGCUAGUAGCAAACAGAACAAGUGUGUUAUCAACAGAGAAAAUGCCUUGCUUGAACAUUUCAACCAACGUUAAUCUCGAUGGCGUCAACACAUCCGCCAUCCUCUCUGAAGCCUCUUCUCAAGUGGCCAAAAUCAUCGGCAAACCUGAGUCCUAUGUGAUGAUUGUGUUGAAGGGCUCAGUACCAAUUGCAUUUGGAGGAACUGAGCAGCCAGCAGCUUAUGGUGAGUUGGUAUCUGUUGGCGGCCUUAGCGGUGAUGUGAACAAGAAACUGAGUUCUGCAAUUGCUACCAUUCUUGAGUCGAAGCUGUCGGUGCCCAAGUCACGGUUCUUCCUCAAAUUUUUUGAUUCCAAGGCCCAUCAAAGCCAAGAAUAUGCACAGUGUUUGCAUGCUUUACACCAGCAGUAGAUCAUGGAUCCCACUUUGGAUGGAAUGGUUCCACCUUCUAAAUCCAGCUUUUCACCUGAGUUGCUCUCAGACUUGACACCAUGCGUUCAGACAGAUGUGUCUGUGGUGUUUUACUAUUGUAGAAACUUGAUUAAGUAGAAUAUUUCUGUUUUUGUCUAGGCUUAUGAUAUCUAGAACAUGAAAGCUUUUAAACUGUGCCUCUUUUAUGGGAAAACAAUAUGUUUGCGUGAAAUCUUAGUCUAAAUAAUCGUUUAAUCAUCAA